AUGAAUGUAGUUAAUUGUUUGAAACGACCAUCAAGUAAAGCAAGACAAACAUCAAAAUCAUCAAAAUUGAUAGAUAAUUUGGUAAGUGUCGAAGAGGAAAAAGUCAGUGAUGAAAUAUAUAACGACAAAGGUGGAUAGUCAUCAGUAGAUGCUGAAACAAUACUCAAAUACUUUAGAUUUUCAAAGAAAGUAAAAAUAAUUGCAUACACAUCCUUGGUAUACUCUUCUUGCGAUAUUUCAAUAUUUUUAUCAUUACUGACAAGAAUAAGAUCUGUAAUUUGUUGUUUAUAAAUAUGUUCAAAGUGAGAAUCAUCUAAACAAAACAUAUAUCAUUUAAUCUGAAGAUCUAAAUAUUUUUCUAUGCUAAUCUUUUAAAAGAUCAGUAUAGAUGAAUAUCUUAUCAAUGAAAUAAGCUGAAACCAUUCCUUUGUUGAAAUUAAAAAUUUUGAGUUGAGUAAGAUUAGAAUAGAUACUAGCGCCAAAAAUACAUUCCAUAGAAAAAGAUUCAACAAUGAGCGAUUUAACAUUUUUAUGAAUUCUAGGUAAUAUAUCGAUACAAAAUUGAUUAAGUAUUGUUGAAGAAAUUGAACAAAUCUCAUCAGUUGAUCGUGAUGCGGAAGUAAAAUUAAGGAUGUUAGUGAAGAUUUGUUCUUGUGCUAUAAUUUCAAGUCGUUGAUUGUUGAUACCCAUUAAAGAAUAAAGAACAUGAGCAUUCUCAAGUUUUUCAAAAUGAUGAAUAAUAUUUCAUUUGAAAGAUUAAGUAGAUGAACAUUAUGUUGAUUCAUUUUUAAAUGUGGUUGUAAUGCUGAUGUCAAGACAAUAUAUAUAUUAAC